CAGGCUGAAAAGCUGGGAAAGAAAUUCAACGUUAUCAGAUUAAAAGGCCUUUGGAAUUCUUUGAUUCGGUUAGGAGCCGCUGCUGAGGAAAGGUGUCGGAGACGAUGAUGUAGAAACCACUGACAGUAUUAGUUGAGAAAUUGAAGAAAGAAAAGAAUGAACACAAAUCAAGAGGAAGUUGUGAUCCAUUGGUUUCGACAUGGACUACGUCUCCAUGACAACCCGUCCUUGAUAGAUGGACUCUCUGAGUGCGAUAGAUUUUAUCCAGUAUUCAUUUUUGAUGGCGAAGUUGCGGGAACUAAGACAGCAGGUUACAAUCGUUUCCGAUUCCUGUUGGAAUGCCUGCAGGAUCUGGACAAGAAUCUAAAGGCAGCGGGAACCAGACUGUACUGUUUCCAGGGCCAACCCACUGACAUACUGGAGAGACUGAUCGAGGAAUGGGGAGUGACCAAGGUGACCUUUGAGGCGGACCCUGAACCCAUUUGGCAGGAGCGGGACCGAUUGGUGAGAGAACUACUGGACAAGAAGAAUGUGCAGUGUGUGGAGAAAGCGUCCCACACCCUCUGGGAUCCUUAUGAAAUAAUUGAGAACAAUGGAGGUAGCCCACCUUUGACCUUUUCCCUCUUUAACCUUGUGACCUCAACUAUAGGACCCCCUCCGAGACCAGCUGAGGACCCAGAUUUCACAGACAUAAGUCUGCCUGUCAGUCAGAAUCAUGACAAACAGUUUGGAAUUCCCACUUUGGAGGAUUUGAAUGUGAGACCAGAAUGUGAAGAGCAGAAUAAGAGGCUUGUGGAAUGGCUUGGAGGGGAAUCAAAGGCCUUGGAAUUACUGGCCAUACGCAUGAAACAUGAAGAAAAGGCCUAUGAGAAUGGUUACGUGAUGCCCAAUCAGUAUCACCCAGACCUCCUGUCCCCACCCCUCAGUCUCAGUGCCCAUCUACGCUUUGGCUGUCUGUCUGUCCGCAAGUUCUACUGGAGCAUUCACGACAAAUUUGAAGAGCAAAAUACAAGAUCCACUGCAUUGCAUUUUAAGGUGAAGCCUUCGAUGGGGGCACCUGUUUCCCUGUCGGCUCAGCUGAUGUGGAGGGAGUACUUCUACACAAUGGCUAUCAACAACAUCAACUAUGACAAGAUGGAGACCAACCCAAUCUGUCUCAACAUUCCCUGGUAUGAUAACCCAGAGCAUGAGGAAAAAUGGACCCAGGGUGAGACUGGGUAUCCGUGGAUUGAUGCCAUCAUGAAGCAGCUCAGAUACGAGGGGUGGGUCCACCAUGUUGCUCGCCACGCUGUGUCCUGUUUCCUGACCAGAGGUGACCUUUGGUUGAACUGGGAGGUUGGGCUAAAGGUGUUCUAUAAAUAUUUACUGGAUGCUGAUUGGUCAGUUUGUGCCGGCAAUUGGAUGUGGGUGUCUAGUUCUGCUUUUGAGAAGGUCCUCCAAUGCCCUAACUGUUUUUGUCCUGUCAGAUAUGGGAAGCGCAUGGAUCCCUCUGGGGAAUAUGUUCGGCGAUAUUUACCAGUUUUAAAAGACAUGCCAUUGAGGUACUUGUUUGAGCCAUGGAAAGCUCCACUUCCUGUGCAGCAGAAAGCAAAGUGCAUUGUGGGUGUUGAUUAUCCUAAGCCAAUGGUUGACCACCAAAAGGCAUCAAAAGAAUGCAUACAAAACAUGAAAGCUGUCAAAGAUGCACUGAUGGGGAAAGAAAUCCCUCACUGUGCCCCAUCAGAGGAAAUUGAAGCCAGACGUUUUUCUUGGUUACCUGAUCACACGCCAUCUGGGGGGCAUUGUACUGCAAACUUCCUGUGUGAUGGCCUGAAGGAUAUGAACUGAGAUGAUCUGGGAAUUCUUGCGAAGUUUAAAUCUUCAUAAAGUUCUCGCUCUCUGU